GAAACUCCUGCAGAAGGGACUGUGAGGCUGGGAUUUGUGCUGGGAUCCAGAUGUUCUCAAACAACGAUGAGGCCGUGAUCAACAAAAAACUGCCCAAGGAGCUGCUGCUGAGAAUUUUCUCCUUCCUGGAUGUGGUCACUCUGUGUCGCUGUGCUCAAGUUUCCAGGGCAUGGAAUGUUCUGGCCCUGGAUGGCAGUAACUGGCAGCGAAUUGACCUGUUUGAUUUCCAGAGGGACAUUGAGGGCCGGGUGGUCGAGAACAUUUCCAAGAGAUGUGGGGGAUUCCUGCGGAAGCUGAGCCUGAGGGGCUGCCUGGGAGUGGGGGACAACGCCUUAAGGACCUUUGCCCAGAACUGCAGGAACAUCGAGGUGCUGAACCUCAAUGGCUGCACCAAGAUCACGGACGCCACCUGCACGAGCCUCAGCAAGUUCUGCUCCAAACUCAGGCACCUGGACUUGGCCUCCUGCACCUCCAUAACCAACCUGUCCCUGAAAGCACUGAGCGAGGGAUGCCCGCUGCUGGAACAGCUCAUCAUCUCCUGGUGCGACCAAGUGACCAAGGAUGGGAUCCAGGCCCUGGUCAGGGGCUGUGGGGGGCUCAAAGCCCUGUCCCUGAAGGGCUGCACCCAGCUCGAGGAUGAGGCCCUGAAGUACAUUGGAGCACAUUGUCCCGAGCUGGUGACUUUAAACCUCCAAACCUGCUUGCAAAUCACGGACGACGGGCUGAUCACCAUCUGCAGGGGCUGCCACAAGCUGCAGUCCCUGUGUGCCUCCGGCUGCUCCAACAUCACCGACGCCAUCCUCAACGCCCUGGGGCAGAACUGCCCUCGCCUCAGAAUAUUGGAGGUGGCGAGGUGUUCCCAGCUGACCGACGUGGGCUUCACCACCCUGGCCAGGAACUGCCAUGAGCUUGAAAAAAUGGACCUGGAAGAGUGUGUCCAGAUAACAGACAGCACCCUAAUCCAGCUUUCCAUACACUGUCCACGGCUCCAAGUCCUGAGUUUGUCCCACUGUGAGCUGAUCACGGACGACGGGAUCCGUCACCUCGGGAACGGCGCCUGCGCCCACGACCGGCUGGAGGUGAUCGAGCUGGACAACUGUCCCCUCAUCACCGACGCCUCCCUGGAGCACCUCAAGAGCUGCCACAGCCUGGAGAGGAUAGAGCUGUACGACUGCCAGCAGAUCACCCGGGCAGGGAUCAAGAGACUCAGGACCCACCUCCCCAACAUCAAGGUCCACGCCUACUUCGCCCCGGUGACCCCCCCGCCGUCGGUGGGCGGGAGCCGGCAGCGCUUCUGCAGAUGCUGCAUCAUCCUAUGACGCUGGAACGCUCGUCCCGGCCAACUGAGGCUGGAAUUGCGCCCGUGGCGUUCCGGGGGACACACCAGUAUCCUGGAGGGAGGCGAUCCCGGGGUCGUUUGCGAGGGCCAGUGAGCG